UAUUAUUAUAUUUUUUCUAAUAUUAGUAUAAAUUUAUAAAUACUAAAAUUAAUUUGUUUGCUUCAGGUAUCUUGUAAAAUGGCAAAACCAGUUGAUAGUAUUAUUGAGGUCACAGCAUCAAACGAAACCAGUAAAAGGUAUCAAAGAUCUGGAGGAGCCAUAAUCUUCCCCGAUGACGAUUUCAACCCAGGAGUACUUCCACGAUUAAAGGGAACUCCUCCAUGUGCCAAGGGUUCAACAUUUUGCGAACAUUUUGGGGAGUAUCCGCAUGAUCUAUUAAAAAAUAUUCUUAAAGAACAUAGUGUAAAUAAAGACCUUUUUGGAACCGAUAUAGUGCCACAAUUUGAAGCAAGAGAUGGUUCGAAUGAUCUGUUCGUUUGUCAGUCGAAAGUGAUGACAGUAUUUCCGAAAGUAGCUAAAAAUGUUAACAAUGAUUGGAGGAUUAUUAUUAACCAGGGAGACAAAGAAGGGUAUAUCCAAGGUGUUGUAAUAGAGACAUGUAUGGGGAAAGAUAGACCGUGCGAUAUCUUAGGAGACAUCAUGGACGAUUUCGUAACAACUUGCAAACAGAAAUACAUCUAUAGACGGCUUCUUUCUCUAAACGAUGCCGGCAAACCCGUCCAAGAUACAUUCAGACUUCCAUCUGCUUGCUGUUGCUCUUAUAGAAAAAAUUUUGAUUUUUUGGCUGGACUCGAUACUUGA